GCCCCGGUGUCCGCCGCCCGCAGGCCCCAGCGCCUCCAUUUCGGGGGCAGCGGCCGCCUGGGCGCGGGGCGGGCUCCGCCGGCGGGGGAGGGCGGGCCCGGGCUGCCCCCGCCUCCGCUCGGCCUGGGCCCGGCGUCGCGGCCGCUGGCGGGCGGGGAGAGCGCGGGGCGCGCCAUGGCGCUGGGCUCGGCCUGGAAGCAGAUGUCGUGGCUGUACUACCAGUACCUCCUGGUCACCGCGCUCUACAUGCUGGAGCCCUGGGAGCGCACCGUCUUCAAUUCCAUGUUGGUUUCCAUUGUUGGAAUGGCACUGUACACGGGCUACGUGUUCAUGCCUCAGCACAUCAUGGCAAUAUUGCACUACUUUGAAAUUGUGCAGUGAUGAAGAACGUAUUUUCAAGAAGUAACUGGGCUUUGAAAUCUGAUCUACAAAGCAGAAUGCACCUCUUAGUUCUAACAAGAAUUCUACCAGUGUCAGAAAGACACCGUUAUGACUCUGAAGACUAGAAAACAAGAUAUGUAGAGCAGGGACAUGAGAUGUCCCCUAUGUUGUGUUCAUUCCUUUUAAUUUUACGAGACUUGCCCUUGUAUAGUAGUUUUGUCUACUUUAACAUUGUGAUUGUAAUUUGAUAUCAGUAUUUUCUUAACUUUGUGACAGUUUCAAUAUUGCACUGUGAAAGCUUUUCUUAAUUGUAAUUUUGAGUAAUUCUUAAUUGCCUUCUAUUUUUAAUCAGAAACUCAUCUUAUUAAAUGGGGCUUAAAGCUUUUGCUAUUGUACGGUAUGUAUUUGCCUGGGUAUUUCUAUUAAUGCGUUUUGUAAGAAAAUACAUCUAGAUUCAUAUUAGAGACAUGGAUAUGUUAGUCUAACCCUAUUUACAAAAAUUAGUUUGUAUGACUCAACUCAGGUGUACUGUUUGCUGUCCAGACUUUGUUCAACAGUAUAUUUGUGCAUAUAACCUGAAUUCGGAAUUGGCAAUUAUUUCAAGUUUCUGUAUUCUACCUGUUGGAGGAGGGUGGGGGAGGUGGGGUGUUGAAGGCUGCAUUUGUUAUUUUUGGAGUAGUGCUGUGGUUCUUGGCUUUAUCUGGUGGGGGAAAAAAGGACUUCUUUACUAAUGUAGGCCCACAUAAGGCUUUGGGAUAGCACUUUAAAUCAACUCUGUUUUUCUAGCUACAAAUUCAAUUGUACUUUUACAGGACGCUUUAUUAUGUUCCAAUGGUUAUGGUUUCUGCUAAUUUUCACACAACAGUGUAACUAUGUCUAGGGUUUAAAGGGGUUUUCUAUUGCUGCUAGUGUUCCAAACAUGUUCUCGCUACAAAUGACCAAAACAUAGGGGUUUAAAUGGACUUGAGUUAGAACUACAGCAAUGAGUAGCUGAAUACUUGGCUGAAGUCCUGUCUUUUUUUUUUUAAUAGGGAUUUUUUUCAGUUUUGUAUUCUGAAAUGUAAGAUGGUGACAACUUUCCUAAGUGGAAGAUUUUUUUGUUGUUCUUGUUUAAGAAAUAAAAGUUUAAAAGCAGAA